AUGAAGAUAAGACAACUACUUGUCGCGUUUAUUUACUCGCUGCUGUUCACGGAUAACGAUGGCUAUUCGUUUAGAAGGUAUGUGUGGUUCAGCCCAUUGUAUUCUUGUAUAAUUGUAUAUAUCGUGUCAGCCACAGUAUGCCUCCUCUAUCAGGUUAUAAAUCAUUUGAUGUGAUACUCACAGAUGAAUGAAAUGUUACAUUUUGGUUUACUUAAACAGUCGGCCGCCCUCUGUGUUGUCUGGCUGUCUGAUGUGUGAAAUUUGUGUCCAUUUUCCUUGUAGUUUUCUGCAAUUUAGUAGAAACAGCAUUUGCAGGAACGAUAUAUGUCGAACCAAACCGCAAGUCAUACCUUAUGUUAUGGAUGGCUUGAUACUCGCGCUGCGAGAAUGCCAGAAUCAAUUUAAAAACAGAAAAUGGAAUUGCACGGAGAAGAAUGGCUCAAUUGAAAAGAUCAUGCGAAACGGUACGUUUUCUAUAUCAUUUUAUCGCUAUGUUAGAUAUUCCAGAACUAAUUAGAACACUAAGAACAGCUCCUAUGGGAUUUAUUUGUUCUAAUUUGGCCUUUAUUUUUUUCCGCUAAUGAGUAAUGAACUCUUUAUUAGACUUUAAUUUUUUAUGCUUCAAACAUCAAAGUGGUGCGAUCUUUUUGAUUUUGAGUAUAGUAAUAAAUAUCUUAGCAUGCAUUUCAAAUCUAAAACAGUAGAUCUUUCAGACGUAGCUUGCUAUAUAUAAGCCUAUAUAAUAUAUGCACCCCUGAAAUCAAUUGGUUUGUAUACUUGGACUUAACUUAGAUUAGGAUAACAAAUUGGUACUAUACAAGUAUACAUAAUACUUCACAUUGUAGCUUCUAGCCAGACUGUUGAAUAUCGAUUUAAAGUGUUAUGUUCAUGUACUUAACGGCUGAAACUUUGUCGGCUUUCAAGUGUGUCUGGCCAUUAUCCUAUAGCCACUUUUUUCUACGAAAAUACACCUAUUUCGCGAGUCAGCCGAGUCUCAACUAGGUAGUUCGUUUUAAUGGUACAUUUACUAAUCAAUACUAAAUUUCUUCUAUGGGGUUAUCGAUCAGCUCGUUCAAAAUGAUAGGUCCAUUACUAGUAGUCGAUGAAUAAUUUUUACAUACUCACAUAGAUUUUCGUUUGUAACUAUGAUUUACUAAAUGUGUCUUUCUUGUCGACAUAUCAUAUAACUGAAUAAUUAAUGCCCGUAACUGGUACUGACUAUAUUCUACUUUUUAAUUGUCAUAUUUUUAUAUUAUUACUCUUGUUUAAUUCAAAACAAAGAACAUCGACAAAAUUUCAACGUCAAAUAUAAGCAGUAUACACUUUAAAAAUUUUCAAAGUAAAUGAUUUUGCCUUUUCUCUUUGCUUUGGCUUUUAAAACCAGCUAUAGUGUGUGUACCAAAUUACAGACUAUAAAGCACUUCUUAAGUUUAUAACCCAAAUUUCUGCCUAUUUUAAAAGCUGAACAGAUCACCGUGAUUUUGAAACACUCGUUUAAUAAGCUAUAUAUAUAUAUGUAUAUAUAUGUAUCAAUUAUCUCGAACUACAACGUUUAAUCGCAUUAAGUUUUUGUUUAGUUGUGAACACUCGGUGAAAUUUACAACAUUUCUUUCAACGGAUUAAUUCACCUUGGCUUGUGUCGGCUUGACACCCUUUAUCGCAGCAAAACGAAAGUUUCCUUUUGAUAUAAUGUCGCCUUCCGAAGCGAAAAUCACGAAAUGCCGAAAGGCGGAAUUAAGUUAGCCGCUUUUUGGCAAUGUGUACGUACCGAAAAACAUUUUAAAACAAAAUUUACUUCCUAUUUCAGUUCUAUUUAAUACUCGCUAAACCAGCUUGUGAUGGCUUAAGAGCCUAUUGGCCUAUUUACUUCGAACGAACGGAAAAACGCCUUGAAUUUGAAGUGGAAUUAUAUCGGCUUUGCGCGUUAAGACAACGGAUGUUAGGCAUAAAUAGGGAAGUAGCUAUAUUGGGGUUUUGAAAAGCAUGCAGGCAACCGGUUUGCUUCGUGUUUAUUUAUUUUCUCGUGAUUUCAAUCUGCCUUACAUGAUAAUUAUUUAUCUAACCGCAAUCUAGCCCGGCCCAUUGGAGUUGUUGUAUCAUGCGCGCCCUAAGUUAAAGAUUGGUGAAAACCAGAAUUCAGACUUGGACUCAAUCACUAUGACUCAAUGAAACCGCCAAACAUAUAUAAAGUCUUGAAAGUUUUUGAGAACCGACUAUACUAGAUAGGCCCGCCUAGGGUAAUGCAAAUUGUAGAAGAAUGUUUGGUCGUGGAUUCACAGGCGAUACAGAUGUCAAUAUUGACACUUAAAGUUAAACAACAUCUUCCAAAUCAAAUCUGUUUAUUCACACGUAAAAUUGUAAAUAUUUUGCAUCAUUUCAAUAACUACGCGCGGUGAUGGUUCAGACAUAACUUAUAUAUACCUUUUCGAGCGAAAUACAUCCCCAUUUUGAAGAUUUCUCUUUAUUGAAAAAUUCCCAUGCAGAUCUAUCCGAAAAUUCCGGCACCCUCGAACUUUCAAUCCUUACUGUCAAAUUCUGAUGUUUGGUCAAGUGGUAGCAAGCAUUCGAGAAAGAAAUUACAUCCGAAAACUUAGGAUAAAAUUUUGAUCCGAUAAUAAAAACUGAUAAGGGGUAUUUCCUAUAUAUACAUAGGAUAUUUUGCAUAUUUUCCGUUAUCCUAACGUAUCAGUAUCCAGUGUUCUUCAAAUCCACUUCAAAGAUUGAAAGAUGUUUGAACUGAAUUAGAUUUUUGCAAAAUUGCACUGAUAAAAUGAAUGCGUGUGAAUUGUGGUAUUUAUGUGGACUAUUACGAAACUAGUCCAUUGUAUUAAACCCAACUAAUUCGAUCCUGAGUCCGUAUGUGAGUCCAGGAUUUCGUAAACGCUACGACGCCAAAUAUUUCACUUUAUAGAAAUACUGCCACUUUAUAGGAAUAGUUUACCGAAGGCAUAACUUUAGCCCAUGCAUUAUCGGCUUGGUGUACAAUAAAGUACAUUAUCUGUUUGCCUUAAUCCGAUCAUAUUUUGACGCCUUUGUUCUGAAAGUGACGAUGGCAGUUCUCGAUUAAUGCGUGUAAUUAUAUUAAGUGUUCCGAUCAAGAACGCGGAUAGCUUUAGGUCCUUUAGACUCUGCGCAAAGGAAGCUUUCGUGCGGCAGAUCGUCAGGUCAAUCGGAGUGAGAAAAUAAAAGUUACUUCUUUUCAUUAAAUAUAUAGUAGCCUUUGUCACAAAAUAUUACUGUAAGAAUACAUAUGAACUGCGAAGUAAAUUAGGGCCAAGAGCAAGCGAAUGUUGCUAAUUUAUAAUAUCGGUGUUCUAAUUAAAAACUAAUGGCUCGCGCGCGCAUUCUGCACAUAUAGGAAAUGAGAUUUGAACAUAAGCUGUUAAGUUCAUUAGAGCUUUGAACACACGAAUGUUACAAAUUACAAUUAGUGAUCUAAUUAAUAAUUAAAGAAAGACGUUAUACCAUUUACCAAAAUUCCAACCGCGCUGCCAGCUCUUCGCUUUCAUACCUGAGAACGAGGUUGCAUAGAAUUCGUGGGAUAAUUGAGAGAAAGUAUAUAUACACAUACAGAGAGGGUAUUCAAUUUACAACUGUUCUAAAGGCAGCCCUUCACAGUGGCACAAAAUAUAAUGUUUUCCCUUGACCUAUAUUACAUAAACGCACAGCUUCCUUCGAGAAGAAUGGAAAAUUCCAGCAAUUUUCUGACAGAGUGAACUGACAUUGGUAGCCAGGCGGUCCUGUAUUAAAACAGCAUGAUAUAAUCAAUUUCAACACAAGCGAAUCAUUGAUCACGAAGUAACCCUGCAAGCAAAAACAAUCGCUGUAAUCUUCCACAUUUAUUUGCAGAUUGUUUAUCAUUAAAUAACAGCAUGCUACCACCUAAGGAAAUUAUAGACUCCAGCUUCUUCAAAGGACAUGGGUUUAUGAUUUUGGUAAAGAUGCCUGUAGACUUCAUUUCAUUUCCCAUGUGUCGCGUGUCUUUCAUCUCUGUGACCUGGCUUUGAUUCCUGCAAUAUACAGUUGUCUGAUUAUAAUUUCACCUCAGUCACAUGUGAGAAGAGUACUUCCAGUUUGACUCUACCAAACACCGCAGAUUCUGUCCGGGUGCUCCUGUUUCCUCCUGUAGUAAUACUAAACCAAUAAGCGAUAUUCCUUUCUGAAUGGACCAAUCCCCAAUUAACCAAAAUUUUGAACUCAACAAGUCUAGACAAAAAUUUCAUCACGGUUUGAAAGAGCAUCACAAAAUUAGUAAUAUUCCAAAGUUUCGUUGCAAAAUGUUGUAAAAUGCGGAACAUAUAGCCUUGCGAAGUUUGCAAUUUUCAGUCGUUUUAGAUUACAAACGGGAAAUGGUUACCACUUCUGUGCGUAAUACAAAAUGACUGAAAAUUACAAACUUCGCAAGGCUAUAUUAUCCGCAUUUUACAACAUUUUGCAACGAAACUUUGGAAUAUUACUAAUUUUGUGAUGCUCUUUCAUGCUAUGAUGGAAUUUUGUCUAGACUUGUUGAGAUCAAAAUUUUGGUUAAUUGGGGAAUGAUCCAUUGAUGAAAAGAACAAUUUAGACCGAUUUCAUAGAGCAAUCUUGUAUAAAUAAAGCCCGUUUAAGCGUAAACUAGCGAGAAACGUAGGUGGGAUACGACAAAUUUGUAAUUGUCAAUAGCACAUGACAUGCUGGAGUAGCCGUCAGAUUCCGUUCUUGUGUCAACUUUUGCUUGCGCCAUUUAAGACGAAGAGUAAACAUCGUCUCUAUCUUUAAAUCAUAAGCACACAAGCAAAAACACUUGUGUUUAUUUUCGUGUCAUCUUGAUCGAUUAUCGUUCAAAAACAUAUUCACUUAUGUUCCAAAGUUUGUAUAUUUAGUCGUGUUUUGAGCGUGGGUACGCUCUUGAGCUAACAUAACAAUUGCGCAGACACAUAUUUGAUAGGCGAGGCGAUAUGUAAAUGUUUUCCUGUGAUUCAAGUUGAAAACUCAGCAUUGAUCUGCAAAAACAGGAACUAAACUAGAUCGUGCUGGAUAGCUCUGUCAGUUGUAAACUGUUCUCCCCAGAGGUCCAGUAAGAGCCAUUCUUUAUUGAUCCAGUGUUAUACUACAGGAGGAAACCUUAACGAAACUAAUUUCAUUUAUACUGGACAGCCAUAUGCCAGUUCCAAACUGUGAUGUUUUCCAAACUUGUGAUGUUUGGAAAUUUUGCCAAGUUGGACUCGCCUCGGCGGCUCGUAUACUAUUCAUCCUAAUUGUACUCGCCAUCGCAUGAUUACUUAUACUUAAUGGAUUCUAUUUUUCAGAUUUCCGAGAAUCGGCAUUCUUGUCGGCCAUUAAUGCUGCAGGGGUUACCCAUGUCGUGACUCGCGCAUGUUCAUUGGGUGAUCUGGACCUGUGCCAGUGCAAUGCAUUCGAAUAUCGAGAAGGAAUGACGACAGCGUCUCAACGCAUAGCAAACAGACAGGUAGCAGAGCGCUCUGCUGACAAUGGCGUGUGCGACAGAAAUAUUGAUUUCGGAGAAGAAAUUUCACGAGCCGUGUUUCCAGUUAAAAGUGGAGUCCUGGAUGCAAGGACGAACCUCAUACGAUGGAAUUACGAGGCUGGCCGAAAGGUAAGGAAUUUACCGUAUGCGCAAUGCAGGCUCGCCCAGAGGGGGUGGGGGCAUUUUGUCCCGGAGCCCAGCUCAACGGAUCCCCCAAAAUGACGGAGUCUCUUAACUUUUUUUAAUACAAGAUUUCUUAAACUGAGAAUAUAAAUCCCAGCAUAUAUUGCAAUAAAGUACAUAUAUUGCAAUAAAGUGCAAUAUAUUUUAAAACAUCGCUUCUCCUAUUUUACAAUCAUGACGUAAUAGGGGCUCCUGGGAGAGUUUUGCCCCGGGCCCCGCGCAACUUCUCGGCGGCCUUGCUCAGCCUGUACAGGAGGAAACCUGAACUAAACUUAAACUAACUUUAUUUAUACUGGAUAGCUCUAUCAGUUCUAAACUGUUCUGUCUAGAGGUCAGUCCAGUAAGAGUCAUCUCUUAUUCAUCCAGUGUUACUACAGGAAGAAACCUUCAGGAACUAAACUAAUUACCUUUUUUAUACUGGAUAGCUCUAUCAGUUCUAAUUUGGGAAAGAAUGUAAUUGGGAAAUUUAAUCUUCCCUCAGUAGAGACAAAUAGGCUGUGAUUCUCAACAAUGUUCCUACCGGAUAUAUUUUUUAGUAAAAUCAUUAUUGUCCUGUUCUGUCUAGAGGUCAGUCCAGUAAGAGUCAUCUCUUAUUCAUCCAGUGUUACUACAGGAAGAAACCUUCAGGAACUAAACUAAUUACCUUUUUUAUACUGGAUAGCUCUAUCAGUUCUAAUUGGGAAAGAAUGUAAUUGGGAAAUUUAAUCUUCCCUCAGUAGAGACAAAUAGGCUGUGAUUCUCAACAAUGUUCCUACCGGAUAUAUUUUUUAGUAAAAUCAUUAUUGUCCCCAUUUGUCAACAUUUGGACUUGUUUGCGGAAGAAAUUUGGAAAUAGCGAAGCUAAGGUUUCGAAAACAACUCAAUUUUUCAAUUAUAAUUUUGUCAUUUCUAUGUAAUUCCUCUCGAAAUAAGUGCUUGCCUGCUUGGAUUUCUUGUCAAUAUAAGCAUCCAUUGAAACACAAGAAUUAAAUGAAUACCUAUAAAUUUGCGUAUGUACCAAAAAUCCAUCAAAUACAAAUGUCCAUAUUCAGGACUGGUGGCAUAAAAAGUGCAAAUCUAUAUUGUUAAAAAAAUGCUGACCGUGAGUAAUUUUCGAAUUGCAAAGUUGAAUUCUAUAAUAAUCUUCGAGUUCGAUCGAAUUACAUUGUAAAUAAUCUUUGAGAAAACAUUGACGAUUUGUUGGGCAUCUUUUCACACCCUCUUGAGGUAAUCACUGAAUUUUUCGCUGAGUAAUUCCAUAAACAUCUAGGGGCGUGCAUGACUUUGAUAUAGUACUAAUCAACUAAUGACAUUGAACUUCGGAAUCAUUAAUCUUUUCCGUGAUUUCACGUAAAUUCUUGAAAUAACAUGGUCGUUUGUCUUUCGUAUGUGCGUUUCGUUGAAAGUAUAAUUGGGGAUUAUAAAAGAUCCAUAAGGAAUAGUCUAUAGACCCACUGCACGUGACGUCACAGCGCUGGUGAGCAUGCAUCUGGAGGACAAAUUAGCAAUCUAUGCACAAUAUAACUUUUGUAAACAAACCAAAUUUUGUAAAAGUUUGUGAUAAUUUUGUAUUAAAAUGGUUAAUUUUUGCGCUGUAUGUGGUUGUACCAGAACAGAAAUUGUUAGGGAGCAUCUGGAGGACACUCUAAAGAUUUGUGACGUCAGUGCAAUGCAUGGGUCUCAGGGUCUAUACAUAAGAAGAAAUUCAACUUUUUAAAAGUAGGUUGCUCAGUUGAAUUUCUGGAGUCCUCACAUCUUGACCCAAUGACGACCAUGAAUCUAGACUGAACUUUAUUGACAUAUUUAUCUUCUAGCAUACAUGCGUCAACAUGAAUGGCUAUUAAAUUAUUGAAUAAUAAUUCUAUUUUUACUUCAAUGUACAGAAAUAGCAAAAAUUAUUAUAUACACAAGGUCUGGAUAUGAGGUAUUCUGUAAUCCGAUUGGUUCUCUUCCAACAGGAUAUUAGCUCAUAUCCUGCUAGUAGAGAAAAACAAAAUGGCGCCUCAAACUGAAUUUCCUCCGACCUUUUGCUAACAAGAAAAUGGCAAGUUGGUCGCUUUUUUAUAUAGCCUUUACAGGAUUAAAAACACAAUGAAAAAACUCCUACAAAUUGUUUACACGUUGGCAAAUGAAUUUUUAAAAUUUAAAAUGUAUAUUUUUGAAAAAACAAUCGGCCGAAAGAACGAAGAUAAAAACAUACAUAGGCCUACAUUAAAACAAAAUAGAAAAAUAUUGAAAAUAUCCAAAAAGCAAAGUCUGUGAAUUCAGACCUUGUGUAUAUAAUAAAACAUUUAAUAUUUAACCAGGCAGACUAAAUAGAAUUUGUCGAAAAAUGAUCAUCUUAGUGCGUUCUAUAAUGGACGAUUCUUAUAAAGAUUUUUCGUGAAUAUGGCCUGCGAUUCCGGUGCAGUGCUCUGAUGACUGAGCUACAAAAUAUCCAAAAAGCAAAGUCUGUGAAUUCAGACCUUGUGUAUAUAAUAAAACAUUUAAUAUUUAACCAGGCAGACUAAAUAGAAUUUGUCGAAAAAUGAUCAUCUUAGUGCGUUCUAUAAUGGACGAUUCUUAUAAAGAUUUUUCGUGAAUAUGGCCUGCGAUUCCGGUGCAGUGCUCUGAUGACUGAGCUACAGAGUCCAUUGCUACAGAGUCCAGUUGACCUUGUUUCCUUAUCACCUUGUCCAUGGGCGUACCGGAAUGAAAAAAUUAGGGGGGCGGAAAGAAAAUUUCCCGACUUUUCGGGAUUCUGCCCGACUACUACAAAAAAAAUUUUUCCGGAAAAAUUAUUUUGGCGACCUCUUUUUAUUGCAAACCAAUAAAUUGCCCGACUGUUGAUCGAAUAUUGCUCGACUGCCCAAAAAACUGGGGGGACUACCGCCCCCCCCCGCCCCCCCCCCCGCCCGGUACGCCUAUGACCUUGUCUCUGGUGGCGCAAUCGUUAAAGCAACCACCUUUCUAAGAUCGUGAGUUCGAUUCACGCUACGGACUCACUACACUUAUGUGAAACGAGUCAGUCAACGCUCUAAGACCUCUAACGGAAGUCGUGGGUUUUCUCCGGGUACUCGUAGCUGUACGUGUUCCGUGAUCGGUCACGAGUGAUAAGGUGGCUGCCAAAGACGCCCUCAGAAAGCCUUCGACUCGAUCAGGUCACAGUGAAUAGAAGAAGCCUUGUAUUAACUGUGAUCAGGUUGAGCUUCGUCCUUCGUAAUUCAGCUUAGCUCUCAGCUGUAAGUAAGGGUGAUUAGCACACCCCCACUUACUUACUUAUUUAUAAACUCCAUCUGUUUUUAUCAUUUUCUCGUGUUAUUUCAAUUCAAAACAAUUGGACUAGACAUCUUUCCUGUAGUAGCCAGAGUCCUUAAAAAAUGUCCUUUAAAUAAACACAUAAAACUCUUUAUAAUUUCCUGCUCAUAUUUUAAUCCACUUUCAAUAUGCCAUGUGCAAGGUUAUUAAGAUUUAGACAUCUGAUUAUAAUUUCACCUCGGUCACAUGUGAGAAGAGUGCUUCCAGUUUGACUCAGCCUUCAAUUAAUACUGGAUUAAUAUGGAAAGGCCUUUACUGGACCUUUAGGGUGAACAGUUUAGAACUGACAGUGCUAUCUAGUAUGAAUAACGUUAGUUUGGUGUAUAGGUUUCCUCCUGUAGUAAUAUUGGGUCAAUAGAUGAAGGCCCUUACAGGACCUCUAGGGAGAACAGUUUAGAACUGAUAGAGCUAUCCAGUAUGGAUAAGGCAAGAUAUUGCAAGGUCAUUUUCACGUCAGGCGUGGCAGUCAAGGUUAAUAACCCAUUCAAAAUUAUAAACGAUUUUCCAGACCGACAACAUUAAUCUGAAAUGCACAUGUGAUGUCCAAAUCACAAUGUGCUGACGAGAAACAAAGACACUUCUCAUUAUUUGUAAAAUGUGAAGAAUUUAUUAGUCUAACAAUAGUGCUCGCACGACCAGCCAGUAAUCGCAAUGUUCCAUUGUUUUUUUAUCGUUUAGAAAAUCCCACUGUUCUCCAUGUCAUCCAGUUCUUCAUUGUUUUGACUUGCAAAGAUCCUACCUAUAAUUCCGGGGCAAACCCUAAUUAAUGCACGACUCGUAGUGUUCAACCAAACCAAAACAACAGACCUUACCAUUUAUUCACUUUUCACCCAAUGGCCUCGUUUUCAUGUCAAAUACUUACUCAUGUUUUGUGCUUAGUAGGGUUGAAAAUUACUUUGUAAUAUUGGGCCUAAGAACAGCAAGAAACAAAUUCGUCCAGGAAAACAUGGAAAUAAUAAUCUUUAUCUGCCCCUGACAUGCUAGGUCUAUCAGAUUCAUUUACAUCAUGUAAACAUACAAGGAACGUACCAAAACAAAUUUGUUUCGUUCUCUUUUAGGCUUUACGAAAGCUGAUGAAAAAAACAUGCAAAUGUUUUGGGUACAGUGGAACGUGCACGCAAAAAGCGUGCUGGCUGGUUCUUCCUUCGUUCAAUCGCGUCGGCUUACAUCUUAAACAUCGCUUCGACUCCGCUUCAAAAGUGUCGUUCGAUAAUAAAGGCACGACGUUUCAAAUACACAACGAAUCAGUGAAGCCUCCGACAGAGGAGGAUUUAGUUUAUACAUCAGUUAAUAAGUUUUGUGAUCCUGACCCAAGGGUCGGCUCUUUUGGCACCAAAGGACGACAGUGCAAUGGGAGGUCGUCGGGGACUGGUGGGUGUGGUAUUAUGUGUUGCGGAAGAGAUGCCAAACCCAGGGAAGAACAAUCGGAAACGUCGUGUGAUUGCGUCUUUCAUUGGUGCUGUUCGGUCAAAUGUAAGACAUGCAAAAUUAAGAGAAUUGUGUAUAGAUGUCUCUGAUGAUCUAGAGUUGUUGUUAUAUACGCCAUUACUGAUCGGAAUCGCGUCGGAUUUAAACGGCGCGAACUCGAGUGUCGGAUAGGAUGAUGGAAAAUCGUGAAGAGUGGAAUGCGUGCGUAAGGUGACAGAAAACAAAAACGCUUUUGUUGUCGUGUAAAUAUUGUAAACGUAGGCUCAAAGCCGUGUAAAACGUCCUAGUUUUAAACCAUUUUUGAACAGUCUGAGCGUAAGAUAUAGCUUAAAGCAUUUUUAUGGCUAUAAUCUAAACAGUGAGCUUCGUAUAAAACUGGAGUGGGAACUCAAGUGAAAAAAAUGAAGCCAAAGAUGGCAGAAAUUGACGUCCAGUGCUACUAGUAUUUUUCUAUUGGUCUGCGUGGUCAACACGAAACGUCCACUAGGAAUAUGCCGGAAUUUCGUGUUUUGAUCUCGAUUGAGAAGACUAUGGAUUUAUGAAUUGAUAACUUGAUUAGCGUUACGAGAUCGGUUAGAAAAAACCUUGAAUCAGCUGGGGAGAAUGGUGUGAAAACUGUUUAUAACCCUCGUUGAUUUUGGGCGUCAGUUUCCGUCGCUUUUCUCGUAGUCCGAAUGAGUGAAGUUCUUGCUCCAGACAUACAGUAUAGAGCUCACUGGAUGUGAACUUGUGAAAUCUUAAAAACUCUCUUUGAAAUGUAAUCUCAAACUUUAUGUAACACUAACCUAUUACUUUAUACAACGUUAACUUAUUUUAGAAAGUUAUAUAUAUUUAACCUAGCUACAUAUGCAUGCAUGCGUGCAACUUUUUGUAGCGUUGAUUAUGCUAAAUUGUGUUGAAUGCGCUGAAUAUGGAAUAGAGGGAAAGGACAUCGCUGAGGGAAGCUGUGUUUUAAGAUGCGUGUAUCCGUUUUAAGAUGCGUGGAAAUAAUUUAAAGCGACGAAUGUGCAUUGUUUGUUUUGACGGUUUUUGCAUUGAUAUCCGGACGAAGAUUGGAUUUAGUUGUAUGGCAUUGUUGGAAAAUGGUGCAUGUUGCAAUAUACUAGUGUUGAAUAGAGUAGCAAUUGAACGAGUUGCAAUGUGUGUUUGAGUUUUUGACUUGGUUCAGUUCCUUUGCUGUUGUUGUGAAAUUUUGGUCAUCAGAUUGACAAGAUUAGGGAUAUUCUGCAUGUUGACUAACAGGAGGAAUGCCUCUAUUUAUCUUCCUAUACCAUUACAAGUUUUUUUAAAAAAUGCCAUCGUGUCUUGAUAAACUACAAGAUAUAUCUCGUAAAAUUAUAAUGUUUCAGCAAAACUGAAUGUUUUAACAAACAUUCUUCCGCGUGUAUGAUAUAAGACAUAUAGUUAUAUCCCGAAAUUGUAAAUAAUAUAUAAGAAUUGAGUUUGAUAUCAGAUAUCACUGUGAUGAUUAAAUAUAUUGAAUUGCCUUAUUGGAUAUGUUGAUAGAAUUUUGUAACGAUUUUUUUACAAUAUUUUUUCACAAUAGCGACAAUGAAAACAACAGCAACCGUAAAAAGGUGGAUAAGCGUCAAUGUACUACUUUCAGUUCCAAGAACAACCGACAACAACAGGAAAAGACAACAACAACAACAACAGGCAACAACAAAAAACAACAACAACAACAACAACAACAACAACAACAACAACAACAACAAUAGACAACAACAUCAGACAAGAACAACAAUAGACAACAACCGACAACGAUAUAUAACAACAGCAACAACAACAGACAACGAUGACAACAACAGGCAACAACAAAAAACAACAACAACAGACAACAACAACAACAGACGACAACAAAACACAACAACAGCAACAAAAGACAACAGACGACAACAAAACACAACAACAACAGACAACAACAACAGCAACAAAAGACAACAGACGACAACAAAGCACAACAACAACAACCAACAACAACAAAAGACAAUAACAAUAAAAGACAACAACAACAAAAGACAACAACAACAACAACAACAAAAGACAAUAACAAUAAAAGACAACAACAACAACAACAACAACAAAACACAACAACAGCAACAAAAGACAACAGACGAAUAACAAUAAAAGACAACAACAACAAAAGACAACAACAACAACAACAACAAAAGACAAUAACAAUAAAAGACAACAACAACAAAAGACAACAACAACAAAACACAACAACAGCAACAAAAGACAACAGACGACAACAAAACACAACAACAACAGACAACAAAAGAACAAAAGACAAUAACAACAAAAGACAACAACAACAACAACAACAACAACAACAACAACAAAAGACAAUAACAAUAAAAGACAACAACAACAAAAGACAACAACAACAAAACACAACAACAGCAACAAAAGACAACAGACGACAACAAAACACAACAACAACAGACAACAAAAGAACAAAAGACAAUAACAACAAAAGACAACAACAACAACAACAACAACAACAACAACAACAAAAGACAAUAACAAUAAAAGACAACAACAACAAAAGACAACAACAACAAAACACAACAACAGCAACAAAAGACAACAGACGACAACAAAACACAACAACAACAGACAACAAAAGAACAAAAGACAAUAACAACAAAAGACAACAACAACAACAACAACAACAACAACAACAACAAAAGACAAUAACAAUAAAAGACAACAACAACAAAAGACAACAACAACAAAACACAACAACAGCAACAAAAGACAACAGACGACAACAAAACACAACAACAACAGACAACAAAAGAUAA